UGAGGACCUUAUUCUAGCCUUAAUUUCUCUCUUUCUGGUUGAAGUACAUUUUCACUUGGUAGUAUAUAAUUUAUCUUCUUUUACACAGGAAAAAGAAAGAACUACCCGAGCAGACUGAUCCUCCGUCCAUUCCCGUUACUGACGUUUUUCCUUCUGGCGAGUUUCCUGAGGGUGAGAUUCAGCAAUAUAAAGACGAUAACUUAUGGAGGACUACAUCUGAAGAGAAGAGGGAGUUGGAGCGCCUCGAAAAACCAAUGUACAAUUCAGUUCGCCGAGCAGCUGAAGUUCAUCGUCAGGUUCGGAAAUACAUCAAAAGUAUUCUGAAGCCUGGAAUGUUGAUGACUGACCUGUGUGAGACUUUGGAGAAUACAGUCCAUAAGCUAAUAUCAGAGAAUGGUCUGCAAGCUGGCAUCGCUUUCCCUACAGGGUGCUCUCUGAACUGGGUUGCUGCUCAUUGGACCCCAAAUUCAGGAGAUAAGACUGUGCUUCAGUAUGAUGAUGUGAUGAAGUUGGAUUUUGGAACUCAUAUCGAUGGGUGUAUAGUCGACUGUGCAUUUACAGUGGCAUUCAAUCCAAUGUUUGAUCCACAACUUGAAGCCUCUCCUGAAGCAACCAAUACAGGUAUCAAGGUACUGUUCGGUCCCCAAUAAAUCCCUUUGGCGAAU